CUUUUUGGGUUCACCAACCCAACCCACAAUUCAAAAUUAUCAUAGAAAAAGCACCCCCAAAAGUUACGGAAAAUAUCCAGAAUAUCCCCUAAACAUUUCUGAACACUCUGAUUUUUCCUCUCUGUUUGCACUUCACUUCUCACGCCUCGACGGAGCCCCCAACGUCUCCUCACACUUUCCCUCUUUCUACCUUAGAAUAUAUAUUCAUAUCUUCUCGUCUGCUUAUCUUCUCAUUCUCUCUCUGCUGCAGUUUAGUUUCCCUGAUCUGAUUCGCCAAAAUGCAGAGCACUGCAAUCUCGUUUUCUCCGUCAAUUUCACUUCCUAAGAAGCCUCACAAGCCUUCUAGUUCCGCUUCGUUAUUCAGAUUCAAUCCUUUAUCUGCUCAAUCUUCUCGAUCGACGCUUCGUUUUGGCUCUCUAAACGGCUCCGUAGCUCGGAAACUCAAUCCUCUUCGCUGCUCAGCUGAUUCGUUGAAUCGUAAUGGAUGGAUUUCAGUUCCGCCGCCGGCUCCCGAGCGUGAAUCGGACGGAGUGGAGGUUCGGGCCACGUCCGUGCCCGAGAGCGCUGGAGACGCCCCUACAUCCAAGCCUUUGACGGAUACUUUGGUGCUCGGAUCGCUUUUCGGCCUUUGGUAUCUAUUUAACAUCUACUUCAACAUUUACAACAAACAGGUCCUGAAAGCGUUCCAUUACCCAGUUACAGUGACUCUCGUGCAAUUUGCCGUUGGCAGUGUCCUUGUAAUUCUAAUGUGGACUCUCAAUCUAUAUAAAAGGCCAAAAAUCAGUGGUGCACAGCUUGUUGCAAUUUUGCCGUUGGCAGUGGUGCAUACCUUGGGCAACCUUUUCACCAACAUGAGUCUUGGAAAAGUUGCUGUAUCAUUCACUCACACUAUUAAAGCUAUGGAGCCAUUCUUCUCCGUUGUUCUCUCUGCUAUGUUCUUAGGCGAGUUCCCUACCAUAUGGGUUAUGUCUUCUCUUGUACCAAUUGUUGGUGGAGUGGCACUGGCAUCGUUGACUGAGGCCUCUUUUAAUUGGGCUGGGUUUUGGAGUGCAAUGGCCUCUAAUUUAACUAAUCAAUCUCGUAAUGUCCUCAGCAAGAAGUUUAUGGUUCGGAAGGAGGACUCAUUGGAUAAUAUUACUCUCUUUUCAAUAAUCACGAUCAUGUCCUUUUUCUUGCUGGCCCCGUACGCCUUUUUCGCUGAAGGUGUCAAGUUCACUCCAGCAUACCUUGAGGCUGCAGGAGUGAAUGUCAACCAGCUGUACACAAGGUCUCUCAUUGCUGCUCUCUGCUUCCAUGCUUAUCAGCAGGUUUCUUACAUGAUAUUGCAGAGGGUAUCUCCUGUUACUCAUUCUGUGGGUAACUGUGUGAAGCGAGUGGUGGUUAUUGUGACGUCCGUGCUCUUCUUCCGCACACCUGUUUCUCCCAUUAACGGUUUGGGCACUGGAGUGGCCCUUGCUGGAGUUUUCUUAUAUUCAAGGGUGAAGCGCAUUAAACCUAAGGCAAAAACGGAAUGAAGUCUAGAUCAAUUUUGAUGGUAAAUUGUGAUCAUUAGAUGGAUGAACCAAAACUUGGUUGUAUUCUAGGCAGGGUCUUCUUUUAGUUUGUUGUGCCAUGUGGGACGAGUUAUUCUUUUCUGAUGCAGCCUUAACUAAUUGCUGCUAAUUUGACGAUUUCACUACAUCACUAUCGUCUUUCUUCUGUAGGGUGUUAUAUGUUUUGUAAUGUACGGCAUGUUUAGGACCCAAGUAGCUUCAGCUGGCGCUGAAAGCCUGAAAACAUCAAAGAGUUGGGGAGAGUUUGUCAUAUUUGAUUACAUCAUACCAUUGCAUUCAAAAUAUUUUUCUCC